CCCUCACCUCAUUAGUGAAUAAAAGGUGAGUUGUCAGCAGACACACUAACACACUGCUCAGAGAUCAGCAGACACACUCUCCGGUCAGAGAUCCCUGUUCACUGUCAGUAAUGGAAACCUCUUCCAUCCUCCUCGUCUGCAUCCUGGUGACCUGUUCAGUCUGGACAGUCCAUGGGAGAAGCUUGGAGAUUAACAUCGACGAUCAGGAGCAGGUGGAUGUGGCGAUCUCCGUGGAGGCCGGCAAGCUUCCAGGUAAAUGCUGGGCCUGCAAGUGGGCUUUGAACAAGGUGAAGAAAGUCAUGGGACCAAACGUGACCUCAGAGGGCGUGAAAUCAAAGUUGAACAUUGUCUGCAACGAAAUUGGCCUCUUGAAAUCUCUGUGCCGCAAAUUUGUAAAUUCACACAUCUGGGAGUUAGUCGAGGAGCUUUCAACCACGGAUGACGUGAGGACAAUCUGUGUGAACACUGGAGCCUGCGAGCCAAAGCAGCUGUCUCACCUGCUCUUUUAUCCAAAACAAGAGGAAUCACAAACUGAAAUUAUUGAAUACUCUUGAUGUUGUAUGCAUGAAUACAAAUGAAUUCACAUUUAAUUUUUUUGAUUUAAUACCAAAAAAAUGAACCGUGGCUUUCUGGUAGUGAAUGUCUGCACGAUUAAAAUUGCAUGCUCAAAGA